AUGUCCCUACCUCGGAACAUCCGAGAAGUCCAAAGGCUGAAUGGACGCCUGACCGCGCUGAACCGCUUCCUGUCCCAAUCAGCUGAGAAGGCUCUGCCCUUCUUUAAGGUGCUCAAGAAGGCUGAUCAAUUUGCCUGGACGGAAGAGUGCCAGUCUGCUUUCGACAAGUUGAAGCAAUACCUCCAUCACUUACCCACUCUCGCUUCACCUCGGCCCGAGGAGAAGCUCUACCUCUACCUCUCCGCAGCCGACGAGACUGUCAGCGCUGUGCUUAUCCGAGAUGAGGGCACUCAAGUGCCAGUCUACUAUGUCAGCCGAGCUCUCCGCGGGCCAGAGACUCGGUACACCCAAGUGGAGAAACUCGUACUAGGACUGGUCCACGCAACCCGGCGGCUGAAGCCUUACUUCCUGGCUCAUCCCAUCUCCGUCAGGACCGACCAGCCCAUCCGGCAGAUAUUGGUGCGUCCCGAGACUUCUGGUCGCCUCACCAAAUGGGCUGUCGAAUUGGGAGAGUAUGACUUGUCAUAUGAGCCCCGCACUGCCAUAAAAGCACAAGCCUUAGCCGACUUCCUCGCCGAGCUGACCUUCACGGAAGGUCCAGAGUCCACCUCCGCCAGUGCCGAGGUGUCCACCCCACCCCCAUGGACAUUGUAUGUCGAUGGAUCCUCUAAUGGAGAUGGCUGCAGAGCCGGACUGCUCCUGGAAGGACCUCAGGGAGAGGUGUGCUCGUACGCCCUCCGCUUUGGCUUCCCGGCCACCAAUAAUGAAGUCGAGUACGAGACUCUGAUCGCUGGAUUCCAGCUAACCCGUAGACUCGGAGCCCAACAGAUCCAUGUCCGCAAUGACUCCCAACUAGUAGUACGCCAGGUUCUUGGUGAAUACAAAACCAAGAAAGAGACCAUGCAACGGUAUCUCUCCAAAGUUCAUCAACUUACCGCGUACUUCGAGUCCUUCGAAAUCCAAAGGAUACCCCGGUCCCAGAAUAAGCGGACCGACGCCUUAUCCCGGCUGGCUUCCACAUCAUUCUCUGACCUCAACAAAACAGUCUUAGUGGAAGUCCUGAAUGAAUCGGGAUACAUGGAGGAGGUGGCCUACCCUGUGUACUCUGAAGAUACUUGGAUGACCCCGUUCAUCCUCUUCUUGGGUCAGGGAACCCUUCCCGAAGACCGAGCCGAGGCGAGGAAGAUACAACGCAAGGCUGCUCGGUAUGCUCUCCGCGAUGGAGAACUGUAUAAGCGCUCCUACCUCGGCCCGUGGCUGAGUGUCCUGUGGUCGUAUCGAACCACGCCGAGUUCAGCAACGCAAGAGACCCCCUUCUCCCUGACCUACGGCGCCGAGGCUGUCAUCCAGGCUGAGAUCCUUACCCACAACCCUCGGCUGGCAGCCUAUGCCGCCGAGGUGAACGACGAAGAGAGACAGCUGGAUCUCGACCUCGUCGAGAAACGAAGGGACCUCGCCUCAGCCCGGAUAGCUUCCUACAAGAACACACUGGCACACUAUUACAAUGCCCGCGUCAGACACCGUAGAUUCCAGCCUGGAGACUUGGUUCUCAGAAAAAACUCGAUCAGCCGAGCUGAACCGCAAGGGAAAUUGUGCCCGAAAUGGGAAUGCCCUUACCGAGUUGUGGAAUCUGACCUUAAGGGAUAUUGUAAAUUGAGCUACCGAGAUGGUUCACCAGUGCCGAGGUCUUGGCACGCCGAGAACCUCAAAAUGUAUUAUUCUUGA